AAUGGGGUCAGGAAGGGCAGGUUCUGUUAGGCUGGUACAGUUGUUCGCAAAUAGAAAGUGCCCAUAAUUUUGGAGUACAUGUCUUCUGUUCCGACUUGGUUUUCGUUUGCCUGUUUGAAACUUUCUAUUCAUGAUUUUGUGUAAUUCUAACUCUCAAUCACUUAUGGAAUCUGUACUGUUUUGACAUCCACCACCAGGCUUUUGUUGGGCAAUCUGGGCUUCAAUGCCCUUUCUAUUUGUUAAUGAGUUGUCGGACUAAGUUUCAGCAGCUGCUUGGAAAAAAUGAACUGGAGGCUAAAGAAGCUUGUAAUUGGCUGCGGGCGGCUGGAUUUCCACAAUAUGCCCAGCUCUAUGAAGCGGCACUGUUUCCGUUAGACAUCUCCUCUGUGAAGAAAGACCAUGUGUUUCUGGACCAGGAUUCACUGAAGUCACUAUGCAGGAGGCUGUUAAUCUUGAACAAGAGUGCUUCUAUGAGACUGAAGGUCCAUUUUCAGUGCAAACAGAGUGAAGACUCUGAGGAGGAUGAUCUGUGUGCCAUCAGUGACCACUGGGCGUUCCAGCGAGAGAGUAAGACGUGGUCACGACUGCGUACCCUCUCCCCACACAUCUCCCCAGAUGUAGAGAUCCUCUCUUCCACCACCCUGCUCCCCAUGAAGGCGUCAGCCAGCAGUGAAAGCAUUCUGAGUGACGUCAGCAACCUGGAGGCCGGCUCCACCCACAGCAGCAGUAGCCUGAGUGUGGAAAGUGCCAGAGGAACCACAUCUAGCUGGGGGAGCCCCUGUAGUCAGUCCACCAGCACGGCAGAGCCCCAUACACUCACCUCUCACCAUGACUCCCAUGGAUCCCGGACGCCGAGUGGUGAGGACCAGCCUGCGUCUCCCAAAGACCUGGUUACCCUUCCUGUCAGCAGAGAGAAGACCAAGAGGUGUUCCAAGACCUUCUUGAGGAAAAUGGAGUCGUUCAAGCAAAAGGAUAAAGAGAGGGAAGAGACUGAUGGCCAAGUUAUGACCUUUCAACUUCAGCGCCCUCUAACUCGUGGUAGUUUGCAUUGCACUCCUAAUGAAAGUUUACCUGGUUUGAAAAAUAACAAUACAGAAGAGAGCAGUGUGAAUUACAGCAGAAAGGCCCAUACUAUAUGUCGGAGUACAGCCCGUAGGUCCCCAGUAGUGGACAGAGCUAAGGCUAAGAAAAGUUGGCUCUAUCUAGAGGACUAUGACAUGGCAGAGUUGAAGGGCUGUAAGCAGGUUUGUCAGAAAAGUGGCUACAAAAAUGGAGUAGAUUGUCUCGUUCAUCUGCCAGUGGACCACAAGCCAGGCACAUUCCCCAAGUCCCUCUCCAUUGAGAGCCUGUGCACUACUUCAACACCUCACAAGCUGGACGAGUGGCAAACAGAGGAUGUCAACCUCUCCCUGGGCAGCAGUCAUGAAUCUGAAGAAUUCAACAUGUUUCCAAGAAUAAGGAACUCAUGUUCCUCCAUGGGAAGUAUCUAUGACAAUGUGCCUGAGGCUAGUGGCAGUACAGAUGAGUUGAGAGAAAAUACCUUUGAGCAUCUGGAUGAUAUCCUUCAGCAUGUCCAUGGCCUUCAAAAGAAUAUUGACCAGUGGUCCAAGAUGUUGUGUCAAGAACUCAGUGACAGGCAUGAUAGGGAGGAGGAGGACACUGUUCAGACCAAGGAAACAACAUUCUCCUCUAGCCUCCAUUUUGAGGAGCAGUCUAUUUCAGAUGUAGGCACAACAGUCAGUGACUACGACAGCACAGGGAACUCCAUGAAUGAAGUCGAGGAUGAGGAGUCAAGAGAAAGGAGGGACUCCGGAGUUGGUGCUUCCUUAACCAGACCAAGCAGGAAGCUACGGUGGCAUAGUUUCCAGAACUCUCACAGACCGAGCCUAACUUCAGCAUGCCAGGAGAUUAACCGCCAGUCAGCCGCUCAACUAAACCUGCUGCAAAAGUUCUCUCUGCUCCGACUCACUGCCAUCAUGGAGAAGUACUGUGAAGCCAACAAACAUGGCUGGAGCUGGUCAAUUCCUAAGUUUAUGAAGAGGAGUAAGGUUUCUGACUACAGGGACAAGCGGGUUUUUGGUGUCCCACCGAUCAUCAAUGUCCGAAGGAGUGGUCAACCACUACCACAAAGCAUUCAGCAGGCCAUGCGCUACCUCCGAAGCCAGUGUCUAGAAAAGGUUGGCAUUUUCCGUAAAUCUGGGGUGAAGUCAAGGAUCCAGACUCUGCGUCAGUUGAAUGAAAACUCUCCAGACCAUGUGAGCUACGAGGGCCAGUCAGCCUAUGACGUGGCAGACCUGCUGAAGCAAUACUUCAGAGACCUGCCUGAACCCGUCCUCACUACCAAGCUCACUGAAACCUUCCUACAGAUCUACCAGUGUGUUCCUAAGGAUAUGCAUCUUCAAGCAGCCCAAGCUGCUGUCAUCCUCCUGCCUGACGAGAACCGAGAGGUACUACAGACGCUGCUCUACUUUCUUAGUGACAUUGCCUCCGCUGAGGAGAACCAGAUGACGGCUGGGAACCUGGCUGUGUGUCUGGCCCCCUCCAUCCUGCACCUUAAUGUCUCCAAGAAAGAGGGCACCUCUCCUAGAUUAAUCCACCGAAGGGGGGCAGGGGGAAAACUAGACCAUAAAGACCUGAGUGAGAACAUGGCUGCCACUCGAGGACUCAGCCACAUGAUUGUGGAGUGCAAAAAAUUAUUCCAGAUUCCUCAUGAGAUGAUGUUACAGUCAAGGAAUUCCUACGUUGCAGCAGAUGCCCAGCCACUCCCUCUCCAUGGCAUGGGCCUGAACAUGAAGGGUGAGCCUGUUGAUUACAGAGCCUACCUGGAGGAUAACAUCCAGGCUCUUCUGAGGGAGGCAACAGAAAAGACCAAAGGAUGGCACAGUGCCCAGAGCCCAGAGAACACAGAGUUGACAUACAAGAAGGUAGGUGACGGCCAUCCCAUCCGUCUUUGGAAAGCGACCACGGAGAUUGAGGCACCGCCUCAGACUGUGUUGCACAGAGUAAUGCGAGAGCGCCACCUGUGGGAUGACGACCUGUUACACAGCUGUGUUAUCGAGGCUUUAGAGAACAACACAGAGGUUUAUCACUAUGUCACAGACUGCAUGGCACCUCAUCCGCGCAGGGACUUUAUGGUGCUGAGGCGGUGGCGUUGUGACCUGUCUAGUGGCUUGUGUCUGUUAGUGUCUUCCUCUGUGGACCACGACAACAAUCACCUGGAGGCAGGGCUACGGGCAGUGCUACUGACCUCACGUGUCCUUAUUGAGUCCUCUGGGAUUGGUCGGUCCAGGCUGACACACUACUGCAGAGCAGAUCUCAGGGGACGAUCUCCUGAGUGGUACAACAAAGUGUUUGGCCACCUCUGUGCAGUCGAAGUAGCUCGGAUACGGGACUCCUUCUGUGUGCUCACAGCGGUGGGAACCGAGACAAAACUAUAAGGUCUGAGGCGGCCUGACAGCCAAACUCAGACAUGCUUCCAGUGGCUAACAAGGACUCAAAUUUAGAGUGCCACCUCUAGCAAUAUAUUACAUUUCCGUGACACACUCCAAGGUGUAAUCAACAGGGGCCUGUCAGGGUGUGGAAUCGCAGGUGACAGUGAUGACCCAUUAGGAGACAUUGCGGAAUUAUUAGCAAUAUUUAGAAAUCUAUUCUAAACCAUAUGUAUUAACUAACACUAACAUAUCCAAAAGUGCUCAGAUGAAAAUAAAAUAUUACAUUUCUUUAUAAAAAAUCCAAUGUUGUUAAAGGCAAGCUUAGUUUAGUACAAUUUGCUUAUGAUACUUACAUAUCAGUUACUGUUUUAAUGCUGCUGUGAAAGGAGCCAGACUAAAGUGAGGAUGCUAAAAUCACAUGGAAUGUUUUAAGGUGCAACCUGCUUUACACAAUGACUCAGGAGAGGUGUUUUGCAACCAUCUAUGUUUGUACUAUAUGCUAUUUUUUUAUGAUAAAUUCAGAGUUAAUAUAUAAUUGACUAUUGUGAUUAGAUGUGUCUCAAAUUUCAGAACCAGCCAUAGUGUUUAUAACAUACUCAGGAUUUAUGAUUUAGUUAGUAUUUCUUUCAAGGUGGUCCACUUCGUGGGAUUCACAAAAAACAUUGACACAAACAUGACAUAAAAAAUGACAUUAAUUGACAAGCACAGCACAUAGAUAAAUCGACUUUACAUACAUUUAAAAUGAAAAUAAAAAACUGUUUGAGCAGACCUUGUAAUCCAUGGUCAAAAAGCACAUUGUUCUGUAAACAUUUGAUUGACUUAGGCACCUUAGUGGGUGGUAGGUUAGGGUAUGACUUAAAAUGAUGUCCUGGCCAUGCUUCAGCUGUGUAUCCUCAUCCACUGUUUGUUUUACUGAAGUGUUUAUCUCUAUUUUAACAAUCAACGAUGGACUCUACUCCGGACUUCCUGUAAAUCAAUCUUUUCCUUUUGCUCCUAUCUUUUAAAGUCUGAAUGGUUGACCCCAUUUCACAUUAAAGGUGGUACGCACAGGAUUCUAUCCCCUAAACUGA